AUGUACACCACCGCCUUUCUGACCACCAUCCUCGCCGCCCUGGCCUCUGCAGCUCCAACAACCUCUAACCUGGCCGCACGAGACGACACAUACUACGGCGUCGGAUUGACCAUCAAAACAACCGACGCCUUUACUCAACCACCAGUCUACGAGCCCGCACCUGUCGAGAUCAGCGUGCUCACGUCUCUGGGCAACGUUUCCGCCUCGGAAAUCAAAUUCGACGUCCCCGUCGCCUCCCACGUCGACGUCAACCAGGUCGAGUGCAGGGCUUACAAGGACGAUGCUGGUGUCGUUCCUGGCAGCGCGCCGUUCAACGCGAAGACGCCGGCCGAGUUGAGCACGAACCUUGUUACUGUUGCGAGUGUGCUCUGCUAUGUUGUCACUGAGGCCGAGAAGGUUUAA